ACAGUUGCACCCGGGCUCUGAAUCCAAUACCGCUGAGCAGCCUCCGCGUCCGGCCACGGAGUCAUUGCUUCAUAGCAGACCUGGGCCAGACGCAGACUCUACUCGCUCGCUCUUCAUUGGCAACCUUGGAUUCAACGUGACUGAGCGGAUGGUUAGGGAUGUUUUUAUGUCCAGGGGCUUUGCAGUUGAUGUCAAUCUACCGCUCGAGUCCAGGACCGGUAAGCAUGCAGGAUUCGGCUAUUUAAUUUUCUCCACUGCUCCGGAGGCAACACUUGCAUUGAGAGACUUUCAAGGAAUGGUCAUUGAUGGGCACUCUAUCAACCUGGAAUAUGUCGAUAAUUCUCCCAUCACGUCUCUAGCGGGGCAGGACCAAGGCGAAGAUGCCAACACUGCUACCGCAACCGCUCCUCAAACCUCGGGUGUUGCUCGACGUGGUACUAGCGGAACAAACGCCACACGACCGGCCAACACUGUACCUAACGAUACUGUUCACGACAUGCUACUUGCGGAGACGGAGGCACGCUUCCCACCUGUAUCUCAGCUCGAUGCACACAUAUUGGCUGAGCAAUCAGCUACGCCACCAGCCUCACAGUCCGCAAACCCAUCCAACCCGAGAGAAAUUUUGCAAGCACCGAUUGAAGAAAGCACGGGUGCAUCCCAAUUUCUUCCAGACCCCUCGCCGCGGGAAGGUCCGAGUCCGUCAUAUAAUGCGCCGACACAAGCAUUGAAUACACAGCCUCGCCACUCUCACCGUCACCUUCAUCGAUCGCGGUCCCAAGCUCACAUUCCUCGCCGUGCAGCGACUGUGAGAGCGGCUGAACAGCGCCAUGUAUCGAUCGAUCCAUUUGAUGCCCAGCCGAUCUUAAGACGACGAGCCACUGAACGCCAUUCUCUCCGGAACGGCCCAAGCAUAAGCAUAUUCGAUCCUCGGCACCCGGUCUCGAACCCGCAUCCUUCUCAGCGCUUCCGACCACAGUCGCAGAACCUGAGCGCACACGAAGAAGAGCCUAGUGAAGAGGCGUCUAGAAGGCGAGCAGAAAAGGAAACGAGGAGACAACGUGCUAUCGAUGACUGCGUCGCUUCACUAGUUCAGUUGGGGUAUGGAAAUGAGCAAGAUGGUGGGACGCAGAGGAUGGCUGUCUACGCUGUGGCAGCAAAUGGUGAGCUUGUUGAUGCCAUUGAGAUGAUUGAGGAAGAGCGAAAAGCGUACGAGCAGCGUGGCUAAUUUUGACGAGUUUCCUUUUCUCGCAGCUUGGUUAUGUAGCCUAUCUCCUCUUUGGAUGUUUUAUUGUAGGUAACGAUUGAAUUUGAAUAGUUCUCUGCGGGCUUCAGCCGUGUAAAGCAUGAAAGAUAAGGUAGUAGAUAGGCUAUCGAUAAGGUUCCCAGGCCACGGGUGAGGAUCGGCCCGGGGCCAUCCCAGGACAACAUUCCGUCGCAACCGUCAAUCAUCCAACUCUGUUGAUUUAUCCCCGCAGUCGUUUUCUUCCCUCGUUGAAAAUGCUACCCUGGCGACGGGCCUUUUCCACUUCUCUUGGUAGACUAGAACACGCGGCCGUGACGCGCCCUCAAUUUCUGAGGUGCGCUGAUGUCGAUAGAAAGAGCAAGCAGACACCCUGCGCUCUCGAAGGCCAGGAAAUAAAAUUACGAGGACUCCUCCGAUCUGUACGCAAGCAAAAAGAGAUUGCUUUUGCGGCAAUCAACGAUGGAACCAGCUUCACUCCCCUGCAGGUGAUUUUAAGUCCUGAGCAAGCCGCCGGGUUAACAACCGGAGCAGCAGUUGAGGUGUCGGGGAUAUGGAAGGCUAGUAAGCCUGGCUUGAAGCAAACUCACGAAUUGCACGCGUCAACUGUGACUGUUGUGGGUGAAUCAGAUAAAACGUACCCUAUCCAAAAGAAGUACCACACCCCCGAGUUCCUCCGUCAGCACCCUCACCUCCGCUUCCGGACCCCGUUCAACACCGUCUUCGCUCGUUUCCGAUCCGCAUGUAUAGCGAACUUUCCAAAAGCAUUCCGCGAUUCCCCGUUUGGGAAUUUCCUACAGGUUCAUCCGCCGAUAAUCACUUCGUCUGAUUGUGAAGGCGCCGGCGAGACAUUUGCAGUGGUGCCGCGGGAGACGCUGGUGACGGGGCUUCCGGAGCGGGAGCAGGAUCACUUCUUCCGAGCGCCCAAGUACCUGAGCGUGUCGUCGCAGUUGCAUCUUGAAGCGUUCUCAGCAGCGCUCGGUAAUGUUUGGGCGAUGGCGCCGGCGUUUCGGGCUGAGAGGAGCGAUACCCCGCGACAUUUGAGCGAGUUCUACAUGGUCGAAGUCGAGUCCAACUUCAUCUCGAAUCUUGAGGAUCUCACCAACAUGACCGAGGACAUUCUCCGCCGAUAUGUGCGGCAAAUGUACAAGCUCACAUCUACCGGUGAGUUUUUAAAAAUGCAGGAGAACGCCAAAAAGGAGCACCCCGAAACACAGACAUCGGGGGAUCUCCACCAGCGCUGGGGGCACUUCCUCAAAGGGCGCAAAUGGCGCCGUAUGACCUACACCGACGCCAUCGCUCGCCUUCAAAAGGCCGUCUCGGAGGGCAAAGCAAAGUUCGAACACGUGCCAACCUGGUCUACCGGCCUACAGCUCGAACACGAGCGUUACAUUGUCGACGUUAUUAACAAAGGCCGGCCUAUCUUCGUGACCGACUACCCCAAAACCAUCAAGCCCUUCUACAUGGCCCCGUCGCAUAGCCGCGACCCGACCAAACCCGCAGAAAAAAAUCCAGGCAAAGAAACAGUCGCCUGCUUUGACCUUCUUCUCCCGGAACUUGGUGAAGUCGCUGGCGGCUCGCUGAGAGAACACCGUCUGCCUGAGCUGAUCCAGAACAUGCGCGAGCAUGGACUUAUUAAGAAGACUGCCAUCGCAGUUGAAGAGACUGAGGGGCCGGAGGUAACAGAGCCUGAAGCCAAGGAAUCUGAGGUUCAGGAGUCCGAUAUCAAGGACACUGAGGUUGAAGAGUCUGAGGUGAAGGAGUCUGAGGUCAGAGAAUCCGAAGCACAGAAGACCGAGGUUCAAGAGUCAGAGGUCAAGGAGGCAGAAGUCAAGCAAACAGAGGUGGAAGAGACACAGGUCAAGGAGACAGAAACCCAAGAAACAGAAGCAAAGGAGUCACAGGCUACAGAACUAACACGCAAGGAAAAGAAAGCAAAGCGAAAGGCAGAAAAAGAGCAAAAAGCCAAAGAGAGAGAAGCGAGGGACAAGGAAGCCAAGGAGAUAGCAGCAAAGGAGCAACUGUACCCCCAUCUCCUCCCCGGCGAAGACCUCGGGCAUCUCCAGUGGUAUGCGGAUCUUCGUCGAUGGGGUUCAGCGCCGCACGGCGGGUUCGGUAUAGGCUUUGAUCGGCUUAUCUCAUAUCUGACCGGUGUGCAGAAUGUAAGGGAUGUCGUUCCUUUCCCAAGGUAUGCCGGCAAGGCGGACUGCUAGACAGCUCUUCGGUCACGGUUUCAUGUGUAUGUAUCUCAUAGGAAGGAAAUGUAUGAUAGGUUAAGGAACAUAUUCCCUUUUUUCUCUCUUCAUCGAACUUGAACUACAAUAUCCCUUAACUUCCCCCUCUUCUACCAAACCCGCACUCAUACUUAGGUUGCUAUGUUGCUCCAGCCCUCUCAGACCCAGGCAUGGCUUCAUGUCUCUGUCACAGUCACAGAGCACCACUGCGAACUCCGACC